AUGGUGGCAAUGCGUUCAGCACUGCUCAUCGACAGCCCUUACUUCACAGCCAAACUUGUACCCAUCGUUUUGAAGCUGGCAUAUGAGGAUGGUAGUGAAUUCGAAGAUGAAUUCGAUUUGGAUGAUAUUGAAUUGGAUGAAAUUGAUUUUGAUGAGGAAUAUAUGAUGGAGUUAAGAGCUGAGGUGCCAUCAUCUGAUGAUGAUGGAGUUGAGAAUGAUGAUGAGGUAGGGGAUGAUGAUGAUGAGGGGGAUGAAGUUGUGAAUGAGGUUAAGGAUGAGUUUAAUGAUGAUGAGGGAGAUGAAGUUGAGGAGCUGAAUAGAUGCAUUAAAUUAUUUUUGCAUCUAAGAAUACUGACAUUGGCGCAUUUUGAUAUCACCACAUAUGAGGAUGGUACCGAAUUCGAAGACGAAUUCGAUUUGGAUGAUAUUGAAUUGGAUGAGAUUGAUUUGAGAGAAGGGGAUGAUGAAUAUAUGAUGGAGUUAAGAGCUGAAGUGCCAUCAUCUGAUGAUGAUGAAGUUGAGGAUGAUGAUGUUGGGGAUGAUGAUGAGGGUGAUGAUGUUGGUUAUGAGGUUAAGGAUGAGUUUAAUGUUGAUGAUGAGGGUGAUGGAGUAGAGGAGCUGAAUAGUGAGGAAUUGUUCCUAUUCAGCGAUGUAAAGAUAGCCAAACUCUAUAAGAUGGAUUUGGUGCACGAUAAGGACUCAAUCGAGUAUGGCAUUGAGGACGAUAGAUUAAAAAGUCAUGAUGGUCCCUUAAGGGACGAAAUAGAUUUUUGGCAACGAAGUGAUAUUGAACUUACCAUCAAUGAACAAUCUGAACAAGAAGAGAAAGGAUGCUUUCAUUGCUUCACUCGAAUCUUCAGGAGAUUGUUCAAGAGAAAGUAA